AUGUUGCUCGUUGUUGCUAUUGUUAUUUGUCUCACACAUGCAUUUACCAUCUCUGGCUCACCACCAGUUGUUUUAUGGCAUGGCAUGGGUGAUAGUUGUUGUAAUCCUUUGAGUCUUGGAUCAAUAAUUAAAUUGAUUGAACGUCAAAUAACACCAUCUCCUUAUAUUCAUUCAAUUCGAAUUGGUUCGAAUAUCGAAGAAGAUACAGCAAAUGGCUUCUUUAUGAAUGUUAAUCAUCAAAUUGAUUAUGCUUGUAAAUUAUUAAAAGCAGACAAAAAUUUGACACAUGGUUAUCAUGCUAUUGGUUUUUCACAAGGUGGGCAAUUUCUUCGUGCUAUUGCUCAACGUUGUCCUGAUCCACCAAUGCUCAAUCUAAUUUCUGUCGGUGGUCAACAUCAAGGUGUUUUUGGAUUUCCAAGAUGUCCUGGAGAUAAUGUAACAAUAUGCAAUUAUGUUCGUGAAUUAUUACGUUUCGGUGUCUAUGAAACCGUUAUACAAAAUCAUCUUGUUCAAGCAGAAUAUUGGCAAGAUCCUCAUCAACUAGCUCUCUAUCGUAAAGUAAGCGUAUUUCUCGCCGAUAUUAAUCAAGAACGUACAUUCACCGCAGAUUAUAAAACAAAUCUAUUAAAAAUUCGUAAUUUAGUUCUAGUUGAAUUUUUACGUGAUACAAUGGUAUAUCCACAUGAAAGUGAACAAUUUGGUUUUUAUGCCGCCAAUGAUACAUCAAAAAUAGUUCCAUUACGAGAAAGUUCAUUAUAUAUCAAUGAUUUAUUAGGUUUAAAAAUAAUGGAUCAACAAUCACGAAUAAAAUUUCUUCAAUCAGACACUGAUCAUUUACGAUUUACUGAUCAAUGGUUUAUUGAUAAUAUAAUUCCAUAUUUAAAGGAUUAG